GGUCUGCCGCGACUCCGCCAAAAAUUGUUGCAAGUGCCAUUCGCGAUCACUGGCAUCGAGUCUGGCCCAGCAUCCCCAAUUCAACACCAUAUAGGAUGCCAAUGCGGUGACAGCCCUCGGUACUACUGAAUAGUAAUAGAAGAAAGAAACACCAGUCGUCCGUCGAUUAAACCUUCAAAAAGACCAAACCGACUCCCAUAUAAAAAUAAAACCGCCAAGAUGGGCAAGCUCCCAUCACACCUCCUCCCGGCGCGAGCCUCAACCCUCCUCGCUGGCAACGCCACCCGCCCGACCCUUUCCCCCGCACACAUGACCACCGAGACCGUCAGCAGGACGGGCGGCAGCGGAAGCAGCCAGCAGGUGCGUCAUGCGACGCUGAUCCACCGGCCCCGGCGCCCCUAUACCUUUACGCAGAUGGUUCAGCUGUCGGACGGCAGCACCUACACGGUUCGCACCACGAGCCCGCACGCCAUCUACCGCUCCGCCAAGGACACGCGGAACAACGCCCGCUGGCAGCCAUCGGACUCAUCGCUGCGCAACGUCGAGAUGGACGAGGCCGGAAAGCUGGCCGCUUUCAGAGAGCGUUUCGGUCGCGGUUGGGACGCCGCCAAGAAGGAGGACCCUCGCGCCGCGGCUGUGGCAGAGGGUGGUGGUGCUGACAAGGCUGCUGCCGCUACUGCUGCGGCGCCCGAGGAGGACGUCUUGGACUUGACCGACCUUAUAGGAGGAUAUGCCACGGCUGCUGGCAUGGACUCUGGUGCAACCGGCAUGAAUGCAAAGGAGGCCGCCAAGGCGGAAAAGGCAGGAAAGAAGAAGGGCAAGAAAUAAAAGGGGCCCGUGAAAGGAUUUUCUUGUCAUUAGAUGGGAAUGGAGAAUUGUAAUGCUGGCGCCACUCACCAAGCAUCCUAUGGCCCGUAACCACUGUACCUGUUUGUACCAUCAAGAAUCUACAGUCGAGAUUGGGCUGUUGUAUGAUAAUAUCACGGAAAUAACUUUUUUUGUCACUUUGCACCGGCUGCUGUUUUGACAGAGAAAUCUCCUGUAUAUGAUGCGGAGGUAUAUAUGCUUUG